AUGGCGUCACGCAGGGUCCUCUCCAGCCUCCUCAGAUCGUCUGCUCGUCGCUCCACGGCCCCGGCGAGGUCCGCAUUUGGUGGUCACAGGGGCCCCUCGCCGUCCCCGAUCGGCCGGCCAUCGCCGGUCGGGUACCUCCUCUCCCGCGCCCUUCAAUAUGCCACCGCGGCCGCGGCUCCGGCUCCGCCGGCGUCUUCGCCCGAGAAGGUCACCGGCGGGAAGAUCACCGACGAGUUCACCGGCGCCGGUGCGAUCGGGCAUGUGUGCCAGGUCAUCGGCGCCGUCGUGGACGUCCGCUUUAGUGACGGAGGUCUGCCGCCGAUCCUGACGGCGCUGGAGGUGCUGGACAACUCGAUCCGGUUGGUGCUCGAGGUGGCACAGCAUCUGGGGGAGAACAUGGUGAGGACGAUUGCCAUGGACGGGACGGAAGGUCUGGUGCGCGGCCAACGGGUCUUGAAUACCGGUUCUCCGAUCACGGUAACCUUUCCCCCCCCCCUGGAAAGUACCUACUUGCUGUGUACAUGAUGAGAUUAUCCUGAUCGGGCGGUGCUUUAGAUUUUCUGAGUUUUCGGAUCUCUACUUACUGGAGUUUGAAUUUUAGUCAUUUCGCAUUUUAAUCAGUCACUUUAUGGUAUUCACAUUUUUUGGAUGUUUGCGCCAUUGCGUUUUUCGUUGCUGCAUUUGGAAAUUUUGUUGCUAGUCUGUUUUUGAGCAUGGCUUUCGUGAUGUUUUUAACCGAGAUCUUUUCUCUUUUACCAGUAAUUUCUCUGAAAUUGCUCUUGAUGCUUUUCAUCGUCAGAAUCCUCCGUCAUUGUAUUAUGAAUGGCUUUCGUCAUUGUAUCGUCUACUGAAAUUGAUUAAUUUCUUGGUUUACUUUUGUGGAUUAGGUGCCUGUUGGGAGGGCCACCCUUGGGCGUAUCAUGAAUGUUAUUGGUGAGCCGAUUGACGAGAAGGGUGAUAUAAGUAAGUUGAAAAUGGUUGAUUGCAUAUCUCUUUCACACUUCUAAUGGGCUCUCAUCAUGGCGCUAACUAUUUACGCUUUUCUCGCAUUGCAUCAGAAACCGACCAUUUCCUUCCAAUUCAUCGUGAAGCUCCCGCAUUUGUCGAACAAGCAACCGAACAACAGAUUCUUGUUACUGGAAUCAAGGUUUAUUUAUCUAACCAUCCACUUUCGAUCAUACGCAGAUGGAAUGGUCCAUGGUUUGAUAUUGAUUCUGACUACUGUUAUCUUCAACGUCUCACUUUCCAAUUCUCAUGCAUGCCUUAGGUUGUGGACCUCCUUGCACCCUACCAGCGAGGUGGAAAGAUUGGGCUCUUUGGUGGUGCUGGUGUGGGAAAGACUGUGCUUAUCAUGGAGCUAAUCAACAAUGUCGCGAAAGCUCAUGGUUUGUUUACUGGCGUGUUUUUUGUGCCCUCUGUUUUAUUCUUCACCGAAUGAUGUAUUUAUCAGUUUCACUUGUUAGGUGGUUUUUCUGUCUUUGCUGGUGUCGGAGAACGAACCCGAGAGGGUAAUGACUUGUACAGGGAGAUGAUUGAAAGUGGUGUCAUCAAGCUUGGUGACAAGCAGGUCUCUACACAAAUUUUUUCUUAUUUUAUAUAGAUUAUUAUUUAAUGUGCUUUUUCUGAUAAUUUCGAAGGCUUAAAAUCCUCUCCUUUUUUGUCUUCAGAGUGAGAGCAAGUGCGCUCUUGUUUAUGGACAGAUGAAUGAGCCCCCGGGAGCCCGUGCCCGUGUUGGUUUGACUGGACUUACCGUGGCUGAGCAUUUCAGAGAUGCAGAAGGACAGGAUGUGCUUCUCUUUAUUGAUAAUAUUUUCCGUUUUACCCAGGUGAAUCUUCUAUAACUUUACAAGAGGCUCGUAACAGGAAAUUAUGUAUUCAAGUAUGCAUAUGUAUGUUCAUGUAUCGAUCUCAUGUUGUCAUUUUAUGGUCUAGGCAAACUCCGAAGUGUCUGCUUUGCUUGGUCGUAUACCAUCUGCUGUUGGUUAUCAACCAACUUUGGCCACUGAUCUUGGAGGACUCCAAGAACGAAUCACAACUACCAAAAAGGGUUCCAUCACCUCUGUUCAAGCUAUUUAUGUGCCUGCUGAUGACUUGACGGAUCCAGCUCCUGCUACCACCUUUGCCCAUCUUGAUGCCACGACUGUGUUGUCUCGACAGGUUUGUUGCUCUUGUCACACACUUUGGUUGGUGCAAAUUCACUUUGGUUACUGAUAUUUAAUGGUCAUUGUUCUCUCUAUAUAGAUCUCAGAGCUUGGUAUCUAUCCUGCUGUCGACCCUCUUGACUCUACAUCUAGAAUGCUUUCUCCCCACAUUUUGGGUCAAGAUCACUACAAUACUGCUCGUGGAGUUCAGAAGGUUCUUCAGAACUAUAAGAAUCUCCAAGAUAUCAUUGCCAUUCUGGGGAUGGAUGAGCUCAGUGAAGAUGACAAGUUGACUGUGGCCCGUGCCAGAAAGAUCCAACGUUUUCUUAGCCAGCCUUUCCACGUUGCUGAAGUUUUCACCGGUGCCCCUGGAAAGUAUGUGGAAUUGAAAGAGAGCGUGAACAGCUUCCAGGUAAUUCUUGCUCGUCAUUCAUAGUAACAGUAAAUCUUUCCCCAAGUAUUUUUUUCAUUUGAACGAGAAAUGGUUGUAAUCGGAAAUUUGUUCUGGCUUCAUGUUCUUUAUAUCUCUCAUGCAAAAAAAAAAAUUAGGUAGGAUGCAUUAAAUAUGAAUUGAGAGUAAUAUUCAUGUUUUGAGAUCAUGGGCCCAAAUAUUUAUUUCCGAUGAUCGUCUGUGCUUUGUCUUAUUGUAUUUCAUCUAGUUUGUGCUCACAGUGUUUUCUGUUAACAGUUGUGCUUACAAGUUCUAUCCUGCAAAUGUGUGGGGGAUAACAGAUGCCAUAAAUGCCCUAAAUUUGAAGUAGUUUAAGUGUGUCUUAAUAUUGAUUGAUGGUUUGAUGCGUCCGUCUGCACCUACAUAUGAUCCUUCACUGUAGCAUCUUAUGGGUCUUAACAGAAACCCACCGUUGGACAAGUGAUACACCAUUCAAUUAACAUAUAAUCGAUCGAGUCAACUGGAAUAAAUCUGUCACUGAAACCAACCUAACAGAAAAUAAUUAAUUUUAAUCUAAAUCUUUUUUGGCAGUUCAUCUGAUGUUUUGGUAGGAGCAUCUCUUGGUUUCAUCUCCUUUCCUCUCCCCCAAGGCUUGCUCUUCGUUCUCCCUUGAGAAUCUACUGUUGCUAGAUGUGUGGCGACUGAAAUCUGUUCAUUAGCAACACGAUUUAGUCUAGUCCUUCAGAACCCGUUAUUCUUUGCAGCAAUGUGAUACAAUGUUGUGUACAGCUAGUCACCAAGAUCGUCAUAUGCAGAGCUGCUGAUGAAUGAAUGCUCCAUUCUUUAAAACGCUGCGGUCUGAUGUCUGUCCAUCUCCUAGUCUUGAUCUUAAUGUUGGCAUGAGAUCAUCCUCAGUUUUUCUGUCUGACGUGUAAAUCUCUCUCCAGCUCUUCUUAAUCUCACCUAAUCCGAUCGUUUUCCUUGAUAAUUCUACAUCUUAAGGAUGCUGUUUAGUCUGUGGAUGCGAAGAAAUCUGAGGCACUAUCUGCUGCCACGAUGCUCUCUCUCUCUCUCUCUCUCUCUCUCUCUCUCUCUCUCUCUCACAGGGUGUUCUGGAUGGGAAGUACGACGAUCUCCCGGAGCAGUCCUUCUACAUGGUUGGAGGGAUCGAGGAGGUGAUUACAAAGGCCGACAAGAUCGCCAAGGAGUCUGCUGCCUGA